GCGGACAGUUGCCAGGACCGAUAGCAAGGGACAGCUCGAGCACGGUUUAUAAUCCGUGUUUUUUUGUAUAGACCACCAGUAACUCUGUUAAAGAAGGGACUGGAAGUAAACUGACGUCGUCACCUCGCGCUGAAUUAACGGGAGGAAAAAAUGGCAACGGCUGGGGUACAUUUGGGUGACGUUUUUCCCUGUGUCGUGAUAGAGUUUGGUUCUUCAAAUUAAGGCCGUCUGAAGGAAUAACUCCACAAUAUUUGACCGAUGAAAUAACGACUCAAGGACUGCAUGAAAGACUCCUAAGAGACUGGCAGUGUGUUAAAAAAGAAGGUCCUAAACCAAAGGGAUACAAACAGACAACCAACAUCUCUGUAAAGACAAUCAAAAACAAACGCUUUCCUUGACUUUCUCACGAAGCUCAAUGCUUUUACUGAACAUGUGUCAUAAAGAGAGGUCAACACAUAAGCGAAGAUGAACCCUUAUGUCACUUCACACUUCAGGAGGGAUCUCUUUCCCCAUUUCCAUUUGUUGUAGAUGUUUUCCUACCCUGCUGUUACUGGCUGAAUGAAAUGGCUUCUUCUAUAUUUGUACAGUUAGCGCAGUAGCGCUUGUCUAUUUCUGCAGUUCUCUUUGUACUCACCCCAGUGCAGGGCUACUGUUGAGGGUUUCUUUUUGUCUACUGUUCCAAAGAGGAUGUGGAUACUCUGUAUACUUGACAGGAUUCAGUAGAGGUCUCUGGAAAUGUUUGGGAAAGGUAAGCUCUAAAGGCAUACCUUUUCAUUUCCAGAUAUAUUUGCACAUUUCUCGGAUAGUAUUUAUGUUGCACUUUAAAGUUAUUCUCAUGUGUUAUUUUCACAUUGCAUCUGCAUUGGAUAAUCUUCUAUUUUGUCUGUGGAAACUAUCUCUGAUGUUCAGGUAGUCUUUUGUGAUCUGAUUCAAACAGAGAUGAUGAGUAAGAGUCUACAAUCCACAAACCAAGUUAAACUCUCAGCCACUUUAGCUCUGAGCACUUCUCAGCUCUUCUCCUUCUGUGGCAUACACCUGAUCUAUCUGCUUUGGAGACGGACCUCCAGAGAAAUAUAGAAAACUUCCUCAGGUGACCUGUGUACUUGCCUUUUUCCUCCAUAUGCAUCUUCUGCUUAAAGCUAAAACACAAGUAUAGUUGGAGAUAGAUCAAAUAAACUCUGUCUUUUCUUUUCCUCCCUUCUUAUUUUUUGUCAGGCAUAGGUGAUUUGUCAGCCGUAAUGCUGAACUGUAAUGAGGUAUGUCUGGUCUGAGGAACUGUUGCGGGUGAUUUCUAACAGCCAUGUAGUUCAGGUCAAUAUUAUUCAGUUAUUAAAACAAGUCUUCAACAAAUUCGACAAUGGCCAUCAAACAGAUGUGCCGACCCUUAAAAAGGAAAUGGCAAAUUGUUGAAGCAGUGGCAUGAUCCAACAGGAAAUGGCAAACAAAACGUUAUUUCAGUUGGGACCCUCUUGUUGGGCAAAGGUGACAACUGCAACUUAACACUUAUUCAAAUCUUUAUGAAAGAAAUAUUAGCACUGAAUUAUUUAUGAACAAUGAUGACAGUAGGCGUUUGAUGUACUGAAAGUAUUGUAUUCUUUGUUUCUUCAUGCCCAUGCCAAGGGGUUGUGAAACUGGAGAGAACUUUGAUCGUAAGAAUUGGCAUGUUUCUUUUUUUAUUUUUCGACUGCAUGUUGGAAAUGUUAUUAUCAUAUCGUCCCCAAGUUAAUUUGGAGCAUUUGUCUGUCUUGGAUGCAUCUUGUCACAAUAUUAUAGAAGGUACCCUGUAACGAGCUAUAUAUCCUUUACAUGUCUCCAUCCUUCUUCUCCAUUGCAUUAUCAGUUUAUAGCUUUUAUCAAUAGAUCCAUGCUCAAGGCUUCCCUUUGAUUGUUUUGAACUAAACAGAACCAAUCUUGCAUGCUUUUGUGUUGUCUGUUGAGGUCAAUCCAGCCCUACUACUCCUUGUCAAAAUAAUUAUUGCAAACUGGGGGUCACAGAAAUAGACUCGUUGGGCUGCUGCUGACAUUCUUUUCAGCUCAACUCCCAGAGUGAGUAUGACUUAAGGACAUUGGUUAAUGAAUGCACCCUGUGGACCUACUUCAAGAAAGCCCACUUUAUUGGCUGAGGGAUCUAUCACUGAAAAGAUAGACUCUACUGGGAAUCAUCAUUGAAAGUGUGGAAAAUAAGUGACUGAUUAGCGGUCUGGGAGGAAAUUAUCCUCUGGUUACCAUUCGCCAUGAUGGACUUACAAUUAUCUCUUCUUUAAGAAGGACUAAAAGACUGCCUGUGUUAACUGUCAAGGUGCUUGAUUACCACAUCAACAAUCAAAUCAAGGCACACUGAGGAAUACGGAGUACCGUAAGCAAAAGGUGACAUUAUAGUACAUGAUGGGAGCGGCACGUGUGAAACGCCGCUUUAGUGCUGUGGUGGAUGGGCCAGUAGAGGAGGAGGAGAUCAUGAGGCUGGCACAGAGUGCUGCAGAUACGGCUAGGGCAGGGGUUAGUCCAACAGGGUCAGGGACCCCAACCAGCCCCUCCCCUACCCAUGCCCUGAACGGCAAAACUCUACCUCUCCAGAGCAACACCAACAAUGCACAGGGGCAGAGUGCCAUUGGAGUUGGGGGAGAUGCAGGAGAAGGUGGGCUGAAAGCAGGAGGAAUGUGCUCAGGGCUAAGGAGUGGAAGAGGCAAUAGUGUAGGAGGAAGAGGAAAAGGCCAUUCAUCCUCAGACCAGGAUUCACUCUCUUCCCCCUCCACUAACAACCGCCAGCGCACCAGGCGCUCAAGCCGCCGGCCCCGACAACGCUUUGUUGGCAAGGACGGACGCUGCAACGUCACCUUCGUCAACAUGAGCGAGAGGGGCCAGCGCUACCUUAGCGACCUCUUCACCACCUGUGUGGACAUCCGCUGGCGCUGGAUGCUGGUCAUCUUCACCCUCUCCUUCCUUCUCUCCUGGCUGCUCUUUGGAUUUGCCUUCUGGCUGAUUGCCUCUGUGCAUGGGGACCUCUCCAUUCGGCUUACCCCCAGCUCAGGUUCCUCUCCGGGAUCAGGAGAGGCCGGGUCUGGAGGAGAGUCUGAUAGACAGGCAGUGGUUGAGGAGCCGUGCUUCCUGCAAGUAAACAGCUUCAUGGCGGCCUUUUUAUUCUCCUUGGAGACUCAGACAUCCAUCGGUUAUGGCUUUAGGAGCGUGACCGAAGAAUGUCCCCUGGCGGUGAUGGCGGUCGUUUUGCAGUGCAUUGUGGGCUGCAUUAUUGACGCCUUCAUCAUCGGGGCAAUAAUGGCAAAGAUUGCUAAGCCCAAGAAGCGCAACGAGACACUGGUGUUCUCCAACACAGCAGUGGUGGCGCUGAGGGACGGGAAACUCUGCAUGAUGUGGAGGGUCGCAAACCUACGCAAGAGCCACCUGGUAGAGGCACAUGUUCGAGCACAACUACUGAAGCCAAGGGUGACAGAAGAGGGAGAGUUCCUCCCAUUGGACAAUAUGGACAUCAACGUGGGUUUUGACACUGGCAUCGACCGCAUCUUCUUGGUAUCGCCAGUGACAGUUGUCCACGAGAUCAACGACGAGUCACCCUUCUUUGAGAUUGACCGAAAGUCCCUGGAGAAUGACUAUGAAUUGGAGGUGGUGGUCAUACUCGAGGGCAUGGUGGAGGCCACAGCCAUGACCACACAGUGCCGUAGCUCCUAUCUGGCUUCUGAAAUACUCUGGGGACACAGAUUUGAACCAGUGCUCUUUGAGAGGAAAGACUGCUACCAGGUGGACUACUCGUUCUUCCAUCGGACAUAUGAAAUCCCAAACACACCUUCAUGCAGUGCUAAAGAGCUGGCCGAGCAGAAGUACAUUCAAAGCUCACGCUCGUCAUUCUGCUAUGAGAACGAAGUCGCUCUGCAGCUCGUCUCCCCUGAUGAUGAGCCUGGCCAAGACCCUGAGUGUCCCUCCCCAAUGACCCGAAGGCAAUCCCUGGCAGAACAUCUCCACUACAACUGAACCUGUGGAAUAGGAGGCCUAAAGUUAAAAGAGACAGGAAGUUAACCCAGUGGUUUAGAGGAAGAACAGGCAAAAAGAAAGGGAUAGGCAGGUAUGAAUGGGCAGACCAAGUGAGACAGGAUUAACAGUAGAUAGGGCCAGUGUCAGGACAAAGGAUAGGAAGCAAUAUUGUUUACAGUGAUUGGACAGAAAAGAAAGUCCAGACUAGAAGCAAGUCACUAGACACGCUUAAAAGAUUUAGAUGAGUCCUACUAUGCAGAUAGGAUUACAGAGAGAAAUAUAAAGGAAGUAGACAGAUAGGGAGACAGUAGGAGGUUUGGGGUCAGUCUUUUGUAGAGACGGGUUACUCCACUGGCUAAUGUUGUCUGAUUGGUCCUGGCAAUCUUUCAAGAUCAUUUAAAACUCAUCUGCUAAGUCUCACUUCUGGCCCAUCACUGCCACAGCAAGCCCAUCUGGUUCUAAUGCCUGACUGGCAGAAUAUACAACAGCACCCCAUGGUGGCUCUAACACGUAACUGAUAGGUGGACACUUUUUACCUCUAUUUGAGGUGGCUUUUGUAUGAUGCCAGGGUAGUGUACCUUCUGAGGUACAACUCAGGGAUGUAUUCCACUAUGAUGCUGACUUAAAAUGUGAAUGUUUUAUUUCCGUAUGGUAAGUAUGGAUAGUGAACAUUUUGUGAAAGUCCGAGCUUGGUGGGGCCUGUUGAUAAUGUAGUGGAGUAGUAGGCUAGGCUACUUGUAGAGCCAAAGCAGAGCAACAGGAACAUGGAGAAACUGCUGAAAACUAGCAGCGAUUUUGAGCAGUUUUUUUUUCCAUGUUUUUCAUUGCAUGUUGUUUGUUUUUUUGGCUUUUUUUUCUAUGUGUCAUUCAAAAAACAUUGUUCACUGAUUGUAACAUUUGCUUCAUUUAGUCUAACGUGUUGAGUUGAAUGGCAGAGGACGCAUUGUAGUGUUUCUAAACUACUGCAGUGAUACACAAUGACAAAUGAUGUUAGCUCUGUCCAGAUAAGCUAAUUGCUCUACAUUCUUUCUUGCACUGUGAUCUACAGUAUCUUCUCAUCUCCGGCGUUGCUAAAUUCAACCACUCUGUAUUGUUUUGCUCUGUUGCUUUUGGAUUGUAGUACUUCACGACUGAGCUAUGACAUUGUAAUCUUCUGAGUGUCUUGGCACUUUGAAGAUGGUUCGGACUGAAUCCAAGGUUUGAGGGGCUGCUCUCAGUGACUCUGCACAGAAGGCCUAAACUCACCUCCAACAUCCCUUGAACAUAACUGAACUGAGUGGAAGAGAUGUUGUGAUGAUGGCUUGCCGUGUCUGCAUCUCUGAGAAAUAAAACAUCGGUCUAACAUCUGCACCGACGGACAUGGAUUAAACUGGAAACUGCACCACGGUCAUACAAAUGAUUCUGUAUUUUUGUGCCCAUAAGGUCGUGUGACACCCUACUCUAAUUCUAAUGUGUUACAGUUGGUUUCUCUCACAAAUUGUGAGAACAGUGUAUUGAGUGGUGCCUUCACAACAAACCAGAUAUUUUGCAACUGGCUCUUCAUCUGCAGCAGUUAAUUUCACAUUUGAAAUGUGCUUAAAGCUAUUUUUAUUGUGUGUAUUUGCAUAAUGCUACUUAUGCAAGAGAGGUUUGGUUUUUUUUCAAUCACUUUAACAUUUGCAGGAUGUUGUUCUAAGGAGAAAAAUGUCUAUGCUGUGAAUCUGCUCUGUAACUGAGUAGUCUCAAUAUGAACAUGCACUGACAACAUAAAGAGGCUUUUAGCCGUAUUAUAUUGUAGAUUAUAAUAGUUGCACUUUGUAGUUAUAUUACAAAGCACUUGGAAUGUUUAUUUUAGAUCCUGUAAUGAUUUGCAGUCAAUUAUGCCACCUGAGUAUUUAAGUGUUUGAUUAUAGAAGGUAUUGGUACAUGUGAGUGUCAGGCCCAAUAAUCAGCUUAUCCAAUGCACAUCCUGGGAACUUGUUCUUUGUACUUUGCACUUAAGUAUUAUAUGGAGACUAAUAUCACUAAUGAAGCUCUACAACAGCACAGUGGUGUUGCUGGAUCAGCACAUGCUAACUUUAAAAGCAUCAUUUGCAGUGUUUCACUUCAGUUAUUGAAAUAUUUUUUUUAUAGUAAGCUCGGGGGGUGAGGUACUGUUAACAUAUUAUCUGUUACAAUUAGUGUUAAUGCUGUUUUAUGUUUGCGUCCUCCCAUACACUUCUCCUUUAUGGCUUCCAUGUUCUAUUCAUAGGCUGCAUGGUGGGCCAUGUCAUUCACCCUGCCUCCACUUGUAACUUGAACAUACUGCACCAUCACCUUAACUACGAUAGCGCUUUUUAAAAACCCCAGAAAGAAAUAGACAGAUGGACUAUUUGGUCAUUUCACUGGUUGUUUAGAACUCACUUCCCCGCAGUGCACACAUUUUUAAAAUCAUAUUAUUUAUAAUAUGCAUAGUGUAAAAAAACAUAGUACACUGUAAUACUACAUAUACCUGGAGGUAAAAGCUGUAGCUACCUUUAUAUGUUAAACUUCUAAAGAGAAAGAUAAACCCUCUUACACUGAAAUGUAAUUUCAGAACUGCCUCAGGCACAGAGCACUUCAAAAUGAAACUGAACUGUGUUGUAGAGCAAAUAAAACACGGGGAUUGAAUUGCAA